AUGACGACAACUUCAAGCCUCAUCGACACAAUUCCGCCAGAAGUUAUCGAGUUGGCGCUCAGUAUGCUGGACUGGAGGUCGUUGAUAAAAUGCAAACAAGUUUGUGGCACAUUCCGUGCUCUAAUAGACUCCAGUCCCCAACUACAAUACACCAUAGAGCUGGGAAUUGCCCAUAUGGAAGACGGGCCACCCAGUUGCGUUGAAUCGGCAGCAAGGCUCAAAAUGCUGCGUCUAUAUCAGAGCAAUUGGGCCAAUAUGCGAUGGCAGCGUGACGUAAGGAUCCCCAUGGAGGACGGGGGGCUUUGGGAGCUCUAUGGAAAUGUGCUCGCCCAGAGACUAGCAGAUAACUCAUACAAGUUCCUCUGCCUUCGGUCUUGUAGCCGCGGAAUCAAACAGAGGGAAUGGACAUUGGAGCCUGUAGAUGUUGAUGCUAGGGAUUUCGGGCUGGACGAGUCGCAGGAUUUAUUCGUGCUUGUGGCUAAAUUACCGUCGUCUAAUGAACCGUUGAGUGGAACUUCAGCUGCCGCUACUACAGAGUUCCAAGUACAUCUGAAGUCUCUGACAACGGGAAAACCCCAUCCACUAGCACCGAACUCUGGCGUCCUGUCUUUUACUAAAGUUGGCAGAGAUCUCCCUGUCUCUCUCACUGUUCAAAUCUCGGGAACGCAAUUGGCCAUUCUUUUCCAUAGUUUGGCGGAGGACGCUGAGAAUGAGCUGGUCAUAUGGAAGUGGCAUACUGGUGAGCGCCAGUCGUUAAUUGGCGAUUCAAUGAGAGCUUUCUCAUUCCUCGGUGAUCAUUAUGUCGUGAUGGUUCUGAUGCAGGAUGACCCAGUAGAAGAGGACGUGCGACCGGUUAUGAACGUAUGGGACACACGCUCAGCAACCAAUGGUGACGCAGUGAGGGUAGAGGAGGCGAAUUUCGUUCGCUCCUUCAGGUUCCCUACCUUAAGCGACCGUGCGCAUCUAACGGAGAUCACCAUCCGAUCAGACCCAGCUCCGCAGUGGUCGCCUUCUAGCGAAACGCAGGCUCCAUUCUAUUUGGCGCGGGCAGCGAAGCUGUAUGUCGUGACGUUCUGGGUCAUCCUUGGCAACAACGCUCGUGGGAUAUCGGUCUUCAUUCCUGCAGCAACGUUGCUUAACCGUGUUACCUCUGCUGACGCUGCUACGGUCGUUGAUUGGGAGAAUUGGGGUCCGCGUGGGUCAUUGCUGUUGAAGAGUUGGAUUCACCCAGGCAGCGUUUGGGUAUGUUAUGUGUACGGGGAAAAGUAUGUCUCUUUUCACCCAGCGGGGGAGAAUACGCAGUCGGUUGUUGUCUUCGAUUUCAACGAAGCAGCAGCGCUUCGCUCGGGGCCGAUGCCGGAGCAGCCCUCAGUAUACAAGGAGAAAAAUAUCUUCAAGGAUGAAGUCGUCACCAAUAUCCCAUAUCGCGCAACACUUUGUAGGAUCCAGUCAGGGCCCGCGCAUGGAAUGUGUAGCGAAGAUGCCAUACUACUGGUUGAUCCUCGCCAUCGAUUCUAUCGAGUUUUGUCGUUUUAA